GCUGCACUGUUCUCUACCUGCUCCACUCCGAUGAUGCUGAUGAUGAUGUCAUCACUGACUCCCAGCAUCCUUGGCUUAGCCACAAUAACCAUUUUACUUUGGACCGACCGUAUAUGACGUUCGCUCUCUCUCUCUCACUCUGAGCUCGCUUCCUGCAUCCAUCCAGUCUAGCCCCCUCCUCUCUCUCCUCCCUCCUCCCUGUCCACUCCCCUACCCUGGCUGGCAGACCGACUGACGCACCACUGUGUACCAGGCCCUGUUGUUAGAACCCACCCAGCCAUAGCCCUGACUGGGGUGGUCUAGCUCUCUCUCUCUCUCUGUUUCUCUCUCUCUCUAUUGCUCCGGGCAGAUACUCCCUGCAUGGAUACACUGAGGGAGGCUGUUAGCUGAUAUCAACGGGAGGAAAAAUAUCAAGGAGGAACCCACUGCGGUUGUUGAAUUCGAGGUGGUUUGGUGUCAGGUGUCUACCUGACGACAAGCCCCUCCCCCUCCUGACUGAACUCCUCUAUUGUCGCGUCGCCCCCCACUGACAGGCAGCAUGGCGGGGGCUUCAGUGAAGGUGGCGGUCCGGGUCCGUCCCUUCAACUCUCGAGAGAUCGGGAAGGACAGCAAGUGCAUCAUCCAGAUGACAGGGAACACCACAACGAUCCUAAACCCCAAACAGCCGAAAGAGAACAAGAGCUUCAACUUCGACUACUCCUACUGGUCACACACCACACCGGACGACAUCAACUAUCAUUCCCAGAAGCAGGUGUACAAAGACAUUGGAGAGGAGAUGUUGCUGCAUGCCUUUGAGGGCUACAACGUGUGUAUCUUUGCAUAUGGCCAGACUGGAUCUGGGAAGAGCUACACCAUGAUGGGCAAGCAGGACCAGAAGGACCAGCAAGGCAUCAUCCCUCUGCUGUGUGAGGACCUCUUCACCAAGAUCAGUGACAGCAAUACCGACAACAGCUUGUCCUACUCCGUAGAGGUGAGCUACAUGGAGAUCUACUGUGAGCGUGUGCGUGAUCUGCUGAACCCGAAGAACAAGGGGAACCUGCGUGUGAGAGAGCACCCUCUGAUGGGGCCCUACGUGGAGGACCUGUCCAAGCUGGCUGUCACCUCCUACAACGACAUCCAGGACCUCAUGGAGUCCGGCAACAAGGCCAGGACGGUGGCAGCCACCAACAUGAAUGAGACCAGCAGCCGCUCUCACGCUGUCUUCAACAUCAUCUUCACUCAGAAGAAACAUGACAUGGAUUCAGAGAACACAUCUGAGAAGGUGAGCAAGAUCAGCCUGGUGGAUCUGGCUGGGAGUGAGCGAGCCGACUCUACAGGAGCCAAAGGAACCAGGCUGAAGGAAGGAGCAAAUAUCAACAAAUCUCUAACCACACUGGGAAAAGUCAUCUCUGCUUUAGCUGAAGUGGACUCGGCACCAAAUAAGAACAAGAAGAAGAAGAAGGUGGAGAGCCAUAUCCCAUACAGAGACUCAGUGCUGACCUGGCUACUGAGAGAGAAUCUGGGAGGUAACUCUCGCACCGCCAUGGUGGCAGCCCUCAGCCCUGCUGACAUCAACUAUGACGAGACCCUGAGCACCCUCAGGUAUGCUGACCGCGCUAAGCAGAUCCGCUGUAACGCUGUCAUCAACGAGGACCCCAACAACCGUUUGGUGCGUGAGUUGAAGGAGGAGGUGUGUCGCCUCAAGGACCUCCUCUAUGCUCAGGGCCUGGGAGAUAUCAUAGACAACUUGUGCGAUUACAACAACUUUGUCAAUAAUCGCCAGGCUGUCAAUCAAAUGGGUGAUCUAUCCACAGUGACCAAUGCCAUGACUGGGAUGAGCCCCUCCCCCUCGCUCUCCGCUCUGUCCAGCCGCGCAGGCUCCAUGGCAAACCUGCACGACCGCAUCUUCAGCCCCGCCUCCGAGGAGGCCAUAGAGAGGCUCAAGGAAACAGAGAAAAUCAUUGCAGAGCUCAAUGAGACAUGGGAGGAGAAGCUGCGCCGUACUGAAGAUAUCCGGAUGCAGAGGGAGGCGUUACUGGCUGAGAUGGGCGUGGCCAUGAGAGAAGAUGGAGGCACCGUGGGCGUGUUCUCUCCCAAGAAGACCCCUCACCUGGUGAACCUAAAUGAGGACCCAUUGAUGUCUGAGUGCUUACUCUACUACAUCAAAGAUGGGACCACCAAGGUGGGUCGUGAUGAUGCCAGAAGUCGCCAGGACAUUGUGCUCAGCGGCCAUUUUAUCCAAGAUGAGCACUGCACCUUCAGUAGCACCACAGGCCCCGGGGGAGAAGAUGAUGAUGACACAGGGAACGUCAUCCUGGAGCCCUGCGAGGGGGCGGAGAUCUACGUUAACGGGAAACUGGUGACCACGCCUACUCUGCUUCGCUCAGGGAACCGCAUUAUCAUGGGGAAGAGCCAUGUGUUUCGCUUCAAUGACCCGGAGCAGGCGCGGCAGGAGCGGGAAAGGACCCCCUGCGCUGAGACCCCCGUGGAGCCUGUGGACUGGGCCUUCGCCCAGAGAGAGCUGCUGGAGAAACAGGGCAUCGACAUGAAGCAAGAGAUGGAGUCAAGGCUUCAAGAGUUAGAAGAUCAAUACCGCCGAGAACGAGAGGAGGCCAGUAACCUUCUGGAACAACAGCGACUGGACUAUGAGAGUAAACUGGAGGCCCUGCAGAAACAGGUGGACAGAAACUCCCGUUGCCUGGAGUCCCCAGAGGAAGAGGAGGAGCCUGAGGAGGAAGUUUUUCCCAUAGUUCCGUGGACCAAGUGUGAGACGGAGCUUGCACUGUGGGCAUUCCGUAAGUGGCGUUUCUACCAGUUCACCUCCCUGAGGGACCUGCUGUGGGGCAACGCCAUCUUCCUCAAGGAAGCCAACGCCAUCAGUGUGGAGCUGAAGAAGAAGGUCCAGUUCCAGUUUGUGCUGCUGACCGACACACUGUACUCCCCACUGCCCCCGGACCUGCUGCCCCCCAGUGUGGCCAAGGAGAGGGAGAGACGGCCCUUCCCCCGCACCAUCGUAGCAGUGGAGGUCCAGGACCAGAAGAACGGGGCCACACACUACUGGACCCUGGAGAAACUCAGACAGAGGCUGGACCUGAUGAGGGAGAUGUACGACCGUGCGGCGGAGGUGCCCAGCAGCACCGUGGAGGACUGUGACCAGGCCCUGACCGGGGGAGACCCAUUCUAUGACCGCUUCCCAUGGUUCCGUCUGGUGGGCAGGGCGUUUGUGUACCUGAGUAACCUGCUGUACCCCGUGCCCCUGGUGCACCGUGUGGCCAUCGUCAGUGAGAAGGGAGAGGUGAAGGGCUUCCUUAGGGUGGCAGUGCAGGCCAUCUCAGCUGAUGAAGAAGCCCCUGACUAUGGCUCUGGUGUCAGACAGUCAGGAACUGCCAAGAUCUCCUUUGAGGACCAACAGUUUGAGAAGGUAGAAUCAUUCCAGACAGAGUCGUGUUCUGGCGGCAUGUCCCACUCUAACACCUCCCAAGAGGAGCUCCGCUUUGUUGAGGGGGAGGGACAGACCUCUGACAUAGGAGCUGACCCUGAUGAGGUCAACAACAACACCUGUGCUGACUUGUCCCCCGUCACAGCCACUCCGGAGGCCCCUCAGAGCCCGUUGAAGGGGGUUCUGGGUCUGGAACUACCUCUGGAGCUGAACCAGGAGAAGGGCCUGUCCCACCUCCGCAUCGGAUCCACCUUCACCUUCAGGGUCACCGUGCUGCAGGCCUCCAGCAUCUCCGCCGAAUAUGCCGAUAUCUUUUGCCAGUUCAACUUCAUCCACCGACAUGACGAGGCGUUCUCCACUGAGCCACUGAAGAACACUGGCAGAGGUCCUCCUCUGGGAUUCUACCAUGUACAGAAUAUCACAGUGGAGGUCACCAAGUCGUUUGUGGAGUACAUCAAGACCCAGCCCAUCGUCUUUGAGGUGUUUGGCCACUACCAGAAACAGCCGUUCCCACCCCUCUGCAAAGACCUCAUCAGUUCACACUUUUUUCCCAGUCCCCUUCGACCUUCUAGGAGGCAAUUCCCGAGGGUCAUGCCCUUGUCUAAACCAGUGCCGGCCACCAAGCUAAACACCUUAACCCGCUCCACGGCUGGCCCAUGUCACUCCAAAUAUGACCUCAUGGCCUUCUUUGAGAUCUGUGAGCUGGAGGCCAAUGGAGACUACAUCCCUUCAGUGGUGGACCACAAAGGUGGCAUGCCUUGCCAUGGAACCUUCCUCCUUCACCAGGGCAUCCAGAGGAGGAUCACAGUUACCGUAGCGCACGAGACAGGAAAUUACGUAGAGUGGAAGGAGGUCAAGGAGCUGGUGGUGGGGCGUAUCCGGAACACUCCGGAGGCUGACGAGACCAUCAUUGACCCAAACAUCCUCUCCCUCAACAUCUUGUCUGCAGGCUACGUCUGGCCCUCGUAUGACGACAAUGUUUCCCUGGGAGUUGACCAUAGGACGUUUUACCGAUUUGAGGCAGCGUGGGACAGCUCCAUGCACAACUCCCUCCUUCUGAACCGCGUCACUCCCUAUGGAGAGAAGAUCUACAUCACCCUCUCAGCUUACCUAGAGAUGGAGAACUGCACCCAGCCGACGGUGAUCACCAAAGACUUCUGUAUGGUGUUCUACUCCCGUGACGCCAAGCUCCCCGCCUCUCGAUCCAUUAGGAACCUCUUCAGUACCGGCUGCCUCAGGCCCUCAGAGAGUAACCGCGUCACUGGAGUGUAUGAAGUCAGUCUCUGCCAUGUCGCUGAUGCCGGAAGUCCAGGCAUGCAGCGGCGGCGCAGGCGCGUCUUGGACACCUCAGUGGCGUACGUCCGUGGAGAGGAGAACCUGGCUGGGUGGAGGCCCCGUAGUGACAGCCUCAUCCUGGACCACCAAUGGGAGCUGGAGAAACUCAGCCUUCUGCAGGAGGUAGAGAAGACCAGGCACUACCUGCUGCUGCGGGAGAAACUAGAGGCCUCCCUGGCCGCGGGGCAGGACGCGCUCUGCAAGAGUGGCGACAUCAGCGACUUUGCCAAGAGCCCCAUCCUCAGCUACAUCCCCGGGGGCAGUCCCGCCCUGGAGAGCCCCAGCCAGAGGCAAAGGGAGCUGGCUGCCAAGUGUCUGCGGCUGCUCAUGCACACCUUCAACAGGGAGUACAGCCAGGUGAGCAGCAGUGCCAGUGAGAGCAAGCUGUCUGAGAUGUCAGCGUCGCUGAUGUCACCGACCUCUUCUGGUCUGAGCACGCUAACUCCGUCCUCUACUUGCCCCUCAUUGGUGGAGGGACAUUAUGACAUCAGACACAUUGAGCCCAGCUCUGGAGCUUCAACCCCAGACCUGGACCCCUUUAGCCCUGUAGAUAGGAAGAGGACCCUGGGUAGAGGCUGCACUUUCGUCCCUGACAUCCAGGAGAUCCGCGUCAGCCCCAUCGUGUCGAAGAAAGGUUACCUGCACUUUCUGGAGCCCCACACCAGUGGCUGGGUGAAGCGCUUCGUGGUGGUGCGCCGGCCCUACGUCUACCUGUACCGCAACGAGAGGGACAGUGUGGAGCGCGCUGUCAUCAACCUCUCCUCCGCCAAGGUGGAAUACAGCGAGGACAAGCAGACUCUGCUCCGGACUCCAAACACAUUUGCAGUGUGCACCGAGCAUCGCGGAAUACUUCUCCAAGCCAGUAAUGACAAGGAGAUGCACGACUGGCUGUAUGCUUUUAACCCCCUGCUCGCCGGAACCAUCAGGUCUAAGCUCUCCAGAAGAAAGUCAGGCCCAAGGAUGUGAGAGAGAGGAACACGCGCGAGGGGGGAACAAAAAAACAACACAAUCUCAAAGCUCCACCUACCCUCUCCUGUAUAUAGCUCAUCUAAACAGCUCUCCCUGUCCUAACAGUGCUCCAUCCUGUCGCUGAUACGUCCUCAAACGGCGCUUAAAACCAUCCCAGCUGAUGCCCUAUUUGAAGCCUUUUCCUGGUUACCUGGAACAUGCACGGUAUAAACUACCCAUUGAACACCAUUAAGACCCAUAUAAGACUAACCAACAACCCAACCCUGUGUAGUGGGGCUUACCCCUGCUGGCUGUGACGCUCCCCAUUGUAAUGUGCAUGUAAACUUUACCAUUAUCUAACAGACUAACAGUCCCCAUAGGGUUUAGCAAAACAAAGAGAAACGUUAUAGUCUGUAAGUCUUAGUCCGAGUCGUUAUCACUUCCAAUGUUCUGCUACUUACUACCGUCCCACUCUAACUGUACAUUAUGCCCCAGAUCAAAACCUCUCAUGUAUUUCUUAUAAACACUGUAGACUGAUAAGAAAAAUAAUAAUGGUAUAUUCCCUUUUCUAGUCGUCUCAUAAGACAUCUCUGUUUCUGUGUGUGUGUUCUCAUGUUAAAACAGCAUAUCCACAUUUACCUCAUGUUAAAAUGGCUGCCGGUCGCAUACUGUAACUCAUUGUCGUUGCAUGUGUUUUGUAUCCAGGUUAUAGACAGUAUAGGAUGAACGUGAUACAAUAAGACUGUGUUUUGUAUCCAGGUUAUAGACAGUAUAGGAUGAACGUGAUAUAAUAAGACUGUGUUUUGUAUCCAGGUUCUGGACAGUACACAGUGGGAUAGAUGUGGGGUGCUGUAAUAGUUUGAGAAUGCAAUGGACAGAUAGGGAUAUGAUAGGAAAAUAGGAUUACUCUUUGCCUUCCAUGCUUUGAUAAUGGUGAGUUCACUGUGUUGACAUUUCAUAGUAACACGUUUGUAGAGUAUUAGGCAUAUUAAUACGCCAGCUGCCUGACUUACAGUGGAGAGUAAUGUGUCCUUGACUUGUGUGUUUUUACAUAUUCUUUGUGUAUAUACAUUAUUUAUUUGUUUUGUUUUGUUUUACUGACCGGUUUUGUCGCAUGGCACUUUAUUGUUGCGUUAUAUACACUUUAUUCUCUUGACUUGAUGUCUGUUCAUUUCACUCAGUUGUUUUUAACCAAAGCAUUCCUGUCUAUUUUAAAUAGUGAAGAUAUCGUCCGUCAUGUAGACUUGACAAAAUGGCUCCUAGGUUUUAGUGAGAUAUUAAUGUAAUCCUUUGUGAAACCUAUGAUUCUGCUAUUGGCCCUGAAUGUCUGUUUAUAAGUGAAAUAUUCCACGUGGAUACACUAAGAAUGGCUCCUCUCCAGCAAGAGGAUGUUUAUUGCGUUCUAUGGUGGUGGGUUACUUUGCGUUCUAUGGUGGUGGGUUACAGUAUAUUGAAUAAUUUAAAGGAACCCUGUGAUUAUACUCUAUUGAUAUGUUAGUGGGAUAUUUUGGACCUUUUUUCCGCCAGUCGAGUUGUGUCUGAAAGUGCAUCGUUACGCACCAGGUAGUGCCUCCCUUGCUCCACUUCUCUCUUUUUCCUGUUUUUCAUCAAGUCCACACUUUAAUAUCGUUGACGUCCACCACAUUAGCUCAAUGUUACAUGUAUCGAAGCAAGCUUUUAUUUACUCUGUUGCUAUGAACCUUAUAUUGAUGCAAUGUGUCCAUGUGAUUCUAUCCAUUUUGACUAAUAUGUGUACAGUCUAUAGACUACACUAGCUCCUUGUGUAAAGUAGCAGCUAACAUCCUCGCUUUUGUAUAGCUGUUUUACAGCCUGGUGCUUGUAUCAGAAACCUAUACAGUAUGAACCUGUAGAUGUUAUGAAGUCGCACAUCCUGGGGACUUUGGAGGCGGUUUAUUGUUGCUGUGACCAUACUUUCACACCCAGAUGACCACAAACUGCUAUCUGAAAUGAGAAUAGUCCAAAGUGAAUCAAGGGGGCACUGCCGACAGAGGUAAAGUGACUCUUCAGUGCUACGUUGGUCUAGCAGCCAUAGGAGAUGGGCAAUUUCUAACUAAAGUUGCCUGUUGUCUCAUAGUCUGAGUGUUCUAUGCUCUUGUACGUUCUUUUGCAUUAUUCAAAAACAAGUGUUAGUGUUGUGUUUACAGCAACAUCGUGUGUGAGUGCAGCCAUGGCCAGUCAGCCAAUUGGAUCAUGUCCUACUGUUGUUCCUUUUUUGUACUGCGAGGUUCGUGUUUUGGUCAAACACAAUUCUCCCGUCUAACACACAGUGUUGGGUUUAUGCAUGCCUUAGAUCUGCCAACCUAUAGAGCAUGCUCAGAUAGCCACAGCAAGGGAGCAACAUGCAAGUCAUGACAUUCUCACACAUGAUGUUCCCUAACUGAUGUUAAUAAGCGCUUAUAUCCUCAAUUAUGAACAUGUCCUCUUAUAUCCUUCCUAUAAGGAAUAUAUUGCGUGUGAUAAUUGAGAGUUGAUUGAUUUCUGUGGAAAAUCUAGUGGUUCUUUAUGUUUUCUGGGUUUCAUAUUGUGGAUCGUUUUUUUACAUUUAUGUCAUUUAGCAGACAGCGACUUACAUGAGCAUUUAGGGUUAAGUGCCUUGCUCAAGGUCACAUCAACAGAUGUUUGUUUUUUCUCACUUUUUCAGCUACGGGAUUCGAACCAGCGCCCUUUUGGUUACUGGCUCAACGCUCUUAACCGCUAGCCUACCUGCUGAACGGGUUGUGGUCAUCUUGGUGUGUGUUGUGUGCCAUUUUUUACAUUGGUCUACACUAGUAUGCCACUAUUUUGCCUGCUUGAACAAUGGAAGAAAAGAAAGCUUUAUUUAUGAAUUCUUGUUUCUAUGUGGAGGUGGAUUACGUGACUAGGGAAUAUUAGGGCUAUUGAAUUGUCAUCCAAGUAUAAUUUAUUGUAUUUAUCACAUCAUCAUUUAUCAUAUUAAGAAUGGACUGAUCUACUGUAAUUCUUAAAUCUACUUCUUAAAACUAGGAUAAUUCUUAAAACUAGGAUACUUCUUAAAGCUAGGGUCCUUUUUAAAACUAGGAUAAUUCUUAAAGCUAGGGUACUUCUUAAAACUAGGGUACUUCUUAAAACUAGGAUAAUUCUUAAAACUAGGAUACUUCUUAAAGCUAGGGUCCUUUUUAAAGCUAGGGUACUUCUUAAAACUAGGGUACUUCUUAAAACUAGGAUAUUUCUUAAAACUAGGGUACUUCUUAAAACUAGAAUAUCUGAAGUUCCGUCCUCAAAGAAGAAGUUACAACGACGCAUUUGAAGUUCCGUGAGUUGGCUAUAUACGAAUACAGAUGGGUUCUGUUAUUGAUUUGACAGCUUUUUUACGUGGCAUUACGUUUCCUGGAUCCAAGCAUGUGGAUCGGCCUCUUCCUCACCCUUCUCUCUCUUUCCCUCACUGCUUGCUAAUGACGCCCUAUCCCCCUCAGUGCAGCCCUGUAGAGAAACAGCCCUGUAAAGAAACAGCCCUGUAGACUAAACGCCCGCCUAAAUGACUCUGCAUUGACCUUGACAUUUGAUUGGCUCUUGUCUUGUCAAUAAUGAACCUGAUUGGUUGUGGUGGGUCCUAUCACACAGGUGUAACCCCCGUUCCAUAAUAACUGGCCUGUGAUGUCAUCUCAGUGCUCACGUUAUCUUUGAGUGUUGGAGUUCUAGUGUCUUCUAAUGUUUGUGGACACGUAACAAUUUGUCAAAAUAAAGUGAAAUAAAUGUGAAACUUAUGCAACA